CCUGUAAUCCAAUCAUUUCAUUGAUUUAUCUUCAUAGCAACAAGAAAGAAAAAUGGGAGCUCAGUGGUCUAAACAAGUGGAACGCCGGAAAUUGAUCGCCGACGAGAAGAAAACUUUAAAAGAUCUAGAAGAGAGCUCAGGCUGCGUCUUUCCCGGCUGUGAUCACCGCCCAGCCGACCGGAAAAACUGGAUUUCCGGCCUCAACCCGGAGAAAGUUCACAUUAACAAGAUUGUUUGGCCAGGAACCCAUGAUUCCGGAACCCAUAAGAUCGGAAUCAAGAUGGUUUCUCGACCAUUCGCUCAGUGUCAAUCUUUAUCCAUUUACCAACAACUCGUACUAGGAACACGUCUUCUCGACAUUCGAGUCAACGAGAAUCGGAAAGUCUGUCAUGGAAUCCUCGCAACAUUCGCUAUUGACGUUGUUAUCAACGACGUGAAGAAGUUUCUAUCAGAAACUGAAUCUGAGAUCAUAAUUCUUGAGAUCCGAACUGAAUUUGGUCAUAAUGAUCCACCGGAAUUCGAGAAACACUUGGAGGAGCAACUUGGUGAAUACUUAAUCCAUCAAGAUGAUCAUGUUUUCCAAAAAACAGUGGCGGAGAUUCUACCCAAAAGAAUUAUAUGCGUUUGGAAGCCCCAAAAAUCCGACCCACCGAAAGCGGGUAGCCCGUUUUGGAGUUCGGGUUAUUUGAAAGAUAAUUGGAUCGACACUGAUUUACCUGCGACAAAAUUCGAGAGUAAUCUGAAGUACUUGGGUCAACAACAACCGGUGACUUCCCGGAAAUACUUUUACAGGGUGGAGAAUACGGUGACACCACAAGCAGAUAACCCGGUUUUGUGUGUGAAACCGGUUACGAAACGGAUCCAUGGGUAUGCGAGGUUGUUCAUAACACAGUGUUUUUCCAGAAAUAUAGCGGAUAAAUUGCAGGUUUUUUCCACAGAUUUCAUUGAUGAGGAUUUUGUUGACGCUUGUGUUGGUCUUACUUGGGCGAGGGUCGAAGGGAAGGCUUAAAUUAAUCUCUUUCAAUGGUAAAUCAAUGUUAAUAUGUUUGUAUUAUGCAUUAAAAGGCAUUGUUUCCUUUUUGUGUUGUAACAACAGUUUGCGUUUUUAUAUGAUGAGUGUUACGUGCAAAA